UGCAGUGCAUUUCGUGUAAUAUACUCUUUUAUUCCAGAAGAACUGCACCGGCCAUAUGCAAGACUAUUAUAAUAAAUAAUAAACAGGCUUUUCGAAGAUUUUCUGUUACCUCUAGGUUAGCCGAUUUUAGUAAGUGGGGUACGAAUAAAAAAGAUCGAAAAGUGAAAAUACAAAUUUUCUCCGAUAUGUCUAAUCCAAAAAUUGAAGAAAUCCUGUCACCUCUUCGAGCUAGUGUCAAGGAACAAGGUGAUCAUGUCAGAAAACUUAAAUCUGAUGGUGCUCCAGAAUUGGACAUCAAGAAAGCAGUUGCAGAGCUUAAACUUCGAAAAAAGUUAUUGGAGGAUAAAGAGUUGUCUCUUUCGGAAUCAUCAACAUUCGAUAGGGCAAGAAUGGAAGAUCUUUUAAAGCGUAGAUUUUUCUUGGAUCAGUCAUUUGCCAUUUAUGGUGGUAUUACUGGUCAAUUUGACUUUGGCCCCAUGGGUUGUGCAUUUAAAACAAAUUUGUUAAAUAACUGGAGAAAUUUCUUUGUCUUGGAGGAACAAAUGUUAGAAGUUGAUUGCUCUAUUUUAACACCGGAGUCUGUACUUAAAGCAUCUGGACACGUUGAAAGAUUUGCAGACUUGAUGGUGAAGGAUGUAAAGACUGGAGAGUGUUUCAGAUUAGACCAUUUAAUCAAAGCGCAUUUAGAAAAAAUCAUUAGUGAUAAGAAAACUAAUGAAAAUACACGGGCAGAAUGUAAAGAUAUUAUUAUUAAAUUAGACGGGAUGACAAAAGAUGAAAUGGCUGCAGUUUUAUCCAAAUUCAAAAUAAAUUCUCCAAUCUCUGGGAAUGAUCUUUCACCGCCAAUAGAGUUUAAUUUAAUGUUUGGAACUCAAAUUGGUCCAUCAGGUCUUGUAAAAGGAUUUUUGAGACCAGAAACUGCCCAAGGUAUUUUUGUAAAUUUUAAAAGAUUACUCGCAUUUAAUCAAGAAAGACUGCCAUUCGCCGCGGCUCAAAUUGGAAAUGCAUUCCGUAAUGAAAUAUCUCCAAGGUCUGGGCUGAUAAGAGUGAGAGAGUUCACUAUGGCAGAAAUAGAACAUUUUUGCGACCCUUGUGAUAAAAGUCAUUCCAAAUUUGAAGCAGUUAAAGAUUUAAGUUUACUUUUAUAUUCUGCUUGCAAUCAGAUGGAUGGAAAGAGUGCACAAUAUAUGACUUUAGGUGAUGCUGUGUUAACAAACCUUAUAGCUAAUGAAACAUUAGGAUACUUUAUGGGUAGAAUUUAUGAAUUUUUAAUUAAAGUUGGAGUUGAUCCAAAAAAAUUACGUUUCCGUCAACAUAUGGGAAAUGAAAUGGCUCAUUAUGCAUGUGAUUGUUGGGAUGCUGAAUGUUUAACUUCUUAUGGUUGGAUUGAAUGUGUUGGUUGCGCAGAUCGUUCUGCUUAUGAUCUUACCCAACACACUAAAGCCACUGGAGUGAAACUUGUAGCAGAGAAAAAGUUACCAGCACCAAAAAAUGUUGAUGUGUGUGAAAUAGUACCAAAUAAAGUUAUAAUUGGUAAAACGUUUAAAAAAGAUAGCAAGUUCGUCCAAGAUGCAUUAGCAGCCUUAACCGAGACUGAGGUUAAUACUAUGGAAGCUGAUCUAAAUGAAAAUGGAGAACAUGUUUUGAUACUCUCUAAUGGUACUGAAGUAAAAAUUACAAAAGAUAUGGUUCAAGUAAAACGAUAUCAGAAAACUGUACAUGUAGAAGAAAUAGUUCCUUCUGUAAUUGAACCUUCCUUUGGUAUUGGUCGCAUAAUGUAUGCUGCUUUUGAACAUAACUUUAGAACAAGAGAUGGAGAUGAGAAACGAACAUACUUUAGUUUGCCACCAGUUGUAGCGCCUUUAAAGUGUUCUGUAUUACCACUAAGUGGUAAUGAUGAAUUUGUACCAUUUGUAAAACAAUUAUCUCAGAAUCUCACAAAAGUAGACGUUUCUCAUAAAGUAGAUGAUUCUUCUGGGAGUAUUGGGCGUAGAUACGCACGAACAGAUGAGAUUGCAAUACCAUUUGGUAUUACUAUAGACUUUGAUACUUUGAAAUCACCUCAUAGUGCUACACUACGUGAAAGAGAUAGUAUGGGACAAGUAAGAAUAAACUUGGAUGAACUUCCAACUGUAGUAAGAGACUUAUCUAAUGGUAAGAUUACGUGGACCGAAGUUGAAGCAAAGUAUCUUAAAUUUGAACAACAAGAAUCAACUGAAUCGUAAUAAUGUAUUUAAAAAGCCUGCCGAAU